AAUCGAGUCUCCGCAAUCGUCGAACCAUUCGCACGCCGCCGUUCUCCCCACGCCGCCGCCGUUCCCCUCCGGUAACCAUGGCUGGGAUGGCAUCACGCUGCGAAGGCAAGACAACCGGCGACAAACGCUACUGUAGUGUGAUUUAUUCACCCUAUCCACAGUCGUCGCCUCUUCCUACUCGCCUGACCGACCUGUUCCAACAGUUUGGUCUGGACAAGAUCGGCGCGAUCAUGAACAGUUCUGAUGGUAAGACGUUCGAGCAAAAGAUCGACAAGUUACGAGAGGAAAUGAGUGCUUUCGAACGUGCUCGUGAUGUAUUCUACAUGGUCGAUGUCGAGGAUGGCGACGAGGACGACGACGAAGACGACGAGGGCGACGAUGUGGAUGUGGACGAGGCGGAUAGAAAGGUAGGGAAGCUCUUAGAUGAUGAAAAGAAACCCGAUAUCACGAAACGACCACACGCUCCUAUUGAAGAUGAGCUGGAAUGCAAGAAGCCAAAGAUAGCAGAAGGCUCAAGGUGCCAAGGAGAAGAACCUGAGGCUGGAGGGAUAAAGAAUUCCUCCUGGGUCUGAUGACAGGGGAGUGCAGUAAACACCAGAAGCAUCAAAACUAUGAUCUGGAACAGUAUCCUGAAUAAACUAUUUUCUGGAUUAUGAAUGAAUUCUGAAGCAUGGGGCUAUAAGUGAAUUAUGUAACAUGGAUUUGUAACUAUGGUGGAUGUUAAGUUAACGUUCUAUCAGUGCAUCGUGAAUGCGUGCUGAA